AUUCUGUUCACUAUGAGCAAUGUUUAUACAGUAUUCUCUGCCUACUCUCUUGAAGGGUUGACCAAAAAAAAUAUUACUUUAUACAUCAUAUAACGAAGAUGGAGGAUAAAAAUCGCUUUCUGUAUAAAACAAUUGAGUGAGCAGAGUGGCAAGAAGCAAUUCAAACAUUACUGAUAAAAUAAGGCUAACUAUUUAGCCUGAUAGGUUCGGUUUCACAUUAAGCAAGCUUCAUCUACUAUAAUGUAAUGUAGCAACAGACCAGAGCAAAUCAACCAAUGCCAAAUAUUUUAGCCCGUAAUAAUUUCUAGUACCUUUAAGGUUUAAGUUUUAUUGCUUGAUAUAUAAGACCUCAGCUUCUGUUAAAAAAGACUUUAAAGUUUAAUUGUGCUGUGAAGUUUGAACCCAUUUGCUUCUAUAAAACAACUCAUCAGAAUGGAUCAUAUUUUAAUCCUAGUUAGCAUUCUGUAUGGAAAAUGUCAAGAUGUUCUGUAUUGGCUGACCUAUAAUUAAUUUAUUGAAAAUCACUGAUGGGAUGUUGCAUUAUCCUGAAUCAUAUCAUGCCUGGACGUUGUUGUGUAAUUGGUCUCACAAGGUAAACCGUUUAAACAAGCCAUUAGAGAGAAAUCAGGGCUUCGCACCCAGUAAAGUUGAAGCGACUAGCACUGACAGAUCAUUGUUUUCAUGCCUCCAUAUGUGCAUUGGAAAAGCAUAAGGCAUAAACCCAAACUGAGGGACAUGGACCGUAAUGAGCCGUGUUGUGUGCAGAGGGAAGAUUUGCUCUCGUCUUUGUUUAGGGACUCAUCAGUUUUCUGUAGCAGAGGGAAACGGCCUGGCAGUGUGGACCGGCUGCUUCUUAAGCCCGUUAUCUCUCUACUUCACAGCGGCGCUACUUUGGCGGAGUUCAAAGCCCCGAGAGAGGGAGGACAUUAAUUAGCUGUGGCAGGCUGAGCGCAGUGCCGCUGUUCUGCGUGUUCAGCCGAGGGUUACGCACAGGUUUGAGUUGAGAAGCUACAGCACCCGAGUCUCGCUCUUUCGUGUAGGGUGCAUUCGAGAUUCCCUGAUAGUAGGUUAAAUACAGCGGUGCAGAAAUGUGCAUACACACAUACACAGUCAAGAAAGCACGCACAUCUCCGCUCCAGAGACCACAGGGCCUGUGGGAGGCACUGAUGCCGAGAGCAGACAGUCUGCAGCUCUGUCACACACACAAACACAUUUGUACAGAGAGAGAGAGAGAGAGAGAGAGAGAGAGAAGAAGCAGAAGCAGAAGCAGGGGAGAACAAUUUCAGUCUAGAACAGAGAGAAGGGAAAUCACUUAUAUACUACCUCCCCAUCUCUUGCUUUCCUCCUUUCUUUCACACACACACACACACACACGCACACACACACACAUGUGAGAUAGCAGUAGACUCUGGACUCGAUGCUCUUCCCCAGUCUCUAUUUCACCACUCUUCCUUUGUCUCCAUGUGUGUGUAUGGGUGGAGAGCUGCAGGCUGUGGAUGUGAGAGGCAUGAUGCUGAGGGUAAGCUCCACUCCUCCAUCACAUGCACACGUUCGACUCUUCAGCAAAGCAACUGCUAUGACUCACAUAUCUCUCUUCUCUCUCUCUUCCUCUCACUCUCCCUCUCCAUCCCUCUCUCUGUCUGCUGCUCUCUUCCGUGGCAUCGUUUCUGCCGUGGCGGCCCCUAUCCUUGCUUUCCCUCGCUCCGCCUCAUUGGUGCUGCCCCCAUUCCAUUUCUUCUCUUUUUUCCCUCUUCCCUCCCUCCCUGUGUUUCUCUCGCUCUCCUUCACUCUCUCUCCUCCGCUCAGCUCCAGGCCCAUUGGUUGCCUGCCUUCAACCAUUAUCUCUCGCUUCCCUCUCCUGACUGUCUCCAUCUCUCUGUCUCUCCCUCCUCGCUCCCUGCACGCCCAUCAGCUUUCAACUCCUAAAAAAAUGAUUUGCAUUCAGGAGGAGAAAGGAACUUUCCAGCAUGCUCUCUAAAUGAAAUAGUGCGGGCGAGAACGUGUGCGAGAGAAGACGACUCUGGAAGAAAGAGAGGAAGACAAUCAGGGGCGACAACAACAAAAAGUUUGAGUGAAGACGCCGUUUCAUGACUGAAAAUGAAACUGGAGGAGGAGUGGUGAACUCUUGAUGGGGGGUUCUUAUCUGAAGUUUACCACAGUGGGCUAAGGAUCAACUGAAGGUCUGGACCAAAGAGCAAUCAAACCUGCAUUCAUAUCAGAUGGAGGUGGAUGUAGCAGACAAGCGCCAUCGCACACGCUCGAAAGUGCCCUUGGAGCCAGCAAUACAAGAGCUGUUCAGCUGUCCAGCACCGCAUUGUGAUGGGAGUGGGCACAUCAGUGGAAAAUAUGCAAGACAUCAAAGUGUGUACGGCUGCCCUGUGGCCAAGAAGAGGAGAACACAGGACAGACUGCCCCUAGAGCCCAUGGCCAAGAGGAAGGCCUUUCACACACACACAGAGCAGCAGCCCAUGGAUGACUGCUACCACGCAGAGAUGGUGGAGGAGAAAGACGAGGAAGAAGAGGAAGAGGAAGAAGCAGGGGAAGAGGAUGUGGAGGAAGAAGAAGUGGAGGACGAAGACAGAGAAGCUGAAGGAGAGGAGGACGUGGAGGAAGAGUACACGGACAAUGAGGAACAAGUGGAGCAGGACGAAGGAGAGUUAGAGAAUGGAGAGGAGGAAGAAAUGGAGCAGGAAGAAGAGGAUGUCGUAGAAGAAGAGGAGGGUGAGGAAGGAGAGGGGGAGGAUGAAGAAGAUGAAGAUGAGGAUGAACAGGAAGAGGAGGAGGAGGAGCAGCAGCACAAUCAGGAUCAAGCUGGCAAUCAGGUAAAUGGGAGCUACACUAAACCCAGCCCGAUGGUGGAGAAAGACGACAACAACAACGAUGAAUACGACAACUAUGACGAGCUGGUGGCUAAGUCUCUGCUCAACCUGGGCAAGAUUGCCGAGGACGCUGCCUACCGGGCCAUGACGGAGUCCGAGAUGAACAGCAACUCCUCCCAUAGUGCUGAGGAUGAACAGGAGGAGGAGGAAGAGGAGGAUGAGGAGGAUGAUGAAGAAGAGGAAGAAGAAGAGGAGGAGGAGUGUGACAAUAGCUCUAAGAAGGGUGAGCUGAGCCUUGACGUGGACAGUGAUGUAGUAAAGGAGACUGUGGACUCUCUGAAACUGCUUGCCCAGGGUCAUGGAGCUGUGCUCUCUGACAACCUAGAAGAAAGGAUAUAUCCGGAAGAUGGAGUGAAAAAUGAGGACUGCAGCAGCAUGAACGGCUUUGCUGGUUAUGGGUGUAAUGGUAAUAGUAGCAGUUGCGCACAAAACAAGCCCAUUUGCAAUGGACAGAUGAUUGAGGAAAGCGAUGAGGAGGUAUGCCUGAGCAGUCUGGAGUGUCUACGCAAUCAGUGCUUCGACCUGGCACGCAAAUUAAGCGAAACAAAGCCAGCUGAGCGCAUCAGCCACAGUCAGGAGGGGCAACAGGACACUCUGCUGCACCAGGACAUCUAUGGAGAAUGCCAUCAGCAGCAGAACUCAGAGGAACGCCGUGUCUUAGAGCGCAACUAUUCAGACAUGGUCAACCUUAUGAAGCUGGAGGAGCAGCUCAGCCCGCGCUCAAAAGCUCUGUCCAGCUGUGCCAGGGAGUACGAUACUUACAGAGAUGAGGACACCACGUCAAUCACCUCGGACCGUUCUGAGGACGGCUUUGACAUGACCAAGGGCAACCUGUCGCUGCUGGAGAAGGCCAUAGCGUUGGAGUCUGAGCGGGCCAAGGCUAUGAGGGACAAGAUGGCCUCAGAGGCAGCCAGGAGAGACAGAUUGCAACUGCAUGAAGAGAACCAUGGUCUGAGGCUCAGCUGUGCAGAGGAGCGUAAAGCCAGACUGCAUCAUGAUGGCCUCAAGAAGCCCUACUACCAUAAAGAUUCCUCAAGGUCGGAGAAGAAAGAGAGUCGAUGCCCAACGCCGGGUUGCGAUGGCACAGGUCAUGUGACUGGCUUGUAUCCUCACCAUCGAAGCCUGUCUGGUUGCCCACAUAAAGACAGAGUUCCUCCAGAAAUUCUUGCAAUGUAUGAAAAUGUUCUUAAGUGUCCUACACCUGGCUGCACAGGGCGCGGCCAUGUCAAUAGCAACAGGAACUCACAUCGAAGUCUCUCGGGAUGCCCGAUAGCAGCUGCUGAGAAACUGGCAAAAGCUCAUGAGAAACACCAGGCCUGCAAUGGAACUAAGUCCAACCAGGCAUCGGACCGAGUUCUGAGGCCCAUGUGCUUUGUAAAGCAGCUGGAGAUCCCGCAAUAUGGCUAUAAGAACAAUGUCCCCACCACCACCCCGCGCUCCAACCUGGCCAAAGAGCUGGAGAAAUACUCCAAGACCAGCUUCGACUACAACGGCUACGACAACCAGAAUGUGUACGGCAAACGCGCCAUUGCUCCUAAAGUCCAGGGGCGUGACACAUCACCCAAGGGAUACGAUGCUAAGAGAUACUGUAAGAACUCCAGCUCGGCGAGCAGCACCACCAGUAGCUACGCUCCCAGCAGUAGCAGCAGCCUGAGCUGUGGAGGAGCUGCAGGAGCAGGAGGAGGAGGAGGAGGAGGAAGCAGCGCCAGCAGCACCUGCAGCAAAAGCAGCUUUGACUACACGCAUGACAUGGAGGCCGCCCACAUGGCUGCUACAGCCAUCCUCAACCUGUCCACACGAUGCAGAGAGAUGCCUCAGAGUCUGAGCGGCAAGCCACAGGAGCUCUGCACACAGUCAGAUGAUCUAGAUCCCUUCCAGGACAUUUUAGAGGACACUGCGUAUGCCACAGAUGUCGCCAUCCCAAGUCCCAAGCCAAAAUUCGCCCCUUGCAAAGAGAGCAAAAAGGACCUGAUAACAUGCCCAACUCCAGGGUGUGAUGGAAGUGGUCACGUAACCGGUAAUUACGCCUCGCAUAGAAGUCUUUCAGGUUGUCCUUUAGCAGAUAAAAGCAUUCGGAGCAUGAUGGCUACCAAUUCACAAGAACUCAAGUGCCCGACUCCGGGCUGCGAUGGCUCGGGACAUAUCACUGGAAAUUACGCCUCCCACAGAAGUUUGUCAGGAUGUCCACGGGCCCGCAAGAGUGGCAUAAAGAUUACCCACAGCAAAGAGGACAAAGAGGACCAGGAACCAAUCAGGUGUCCUGUACCUGGUUGUGAUGGACAGGGUCAUGUGACAGGGAAGUACGCGUCUCACCGCAGUGCGUCAGGUUGCCCCCUGGCUGCUAAGCGGCAGAAAGACUGCUACAUGAACGGCACACAGUUCACGUGGAAGGCUGGGAAGACAGACGGCAUGUCCUGUCCCACUCCAGGCUGUGACGGCUCAGGUCAUGUCAGUGGCAGCUUUUUAACCCAUCGAAGUCUGUCAGGUUGUCCACGUGCUUCAUCUGCUAUGAAGAAGGCCAGACUGUCAGGAGUGGAGAUGCUUACAAUAAAACGGCCAAGCAAUGGUUUACACAAUGAUGAGGACAUUAAACAGCUGGAUGAAGAAAUCAAAGAUUUAAAUGAAUCCAAUUCACAAGUGGAGGCAGAUAUGAUCAAACUUAGAACACAGAUUACAACCAUGGAGUCUAAUCUGAAGUCAAUAGAGGAAGAAAACAAGGUGAUUGAACAGCAAAAUGAAUCUCUCCUGCAUGAGCUGGCCAACCUCAGCCAGUCACUGAUUAACAGUUUAGCUAAUAUCCAGCUCCCUCAUAUGAAACCGCCGCUACACAAAGAGCCUCCGAUUAGAAAUAACAGCUGUUUACAGUUGCAUCAGCGAGAUCCAAUAAACGAACAGAACUUCGACGCCUACGUGACGACUCUGACAGAUAUGUACACAAAUCAAGAGCAGUACCAGAGUCCAGAGAACAAAGCGCUGCUGGAGAAUAUAAAACAAGCAGUACAAGGAAUCCAAGUCUAGCCACUCAGCAAACCUCAGAGCAAGGGGAAAGAAGGGGACGAUUAGGAAACAGGAGAAAUGGGAUUGAGAUUGCCUCAUGGUUUGCUGCUGUAAUUUAGCAGACAGUGUUAAAUAUUCACAUACGUUCUUUAAAAAAAAAAAAAGUGUUAUGCUUACAAUUCAUGAUUUUUAAUUUCUCUUUAUUUUUGGUCUUGCUUUGAAAAAUAUUUAAUGGCAAAAUAGUUUUUGAAAACAUUUUGUACGUUUUCAUAUGAGCUCACAUAGUGUGAUGUAACAUUUCUAGCUGCUCAUGUAUGCACAUUUUAGUGUAUAUUUCUGAACAGUAAGGCAAACAAUAUUGGAUAUACAUUCUUUUUUAAUGCUUGCUGAUUUAAAAAAAAGGAUUUUAGUUUGAGAAAGCUAAACAACUGCAUCAAAAUAAUGGACAUGCAAGGAUACACUGAGUGUAUCUCUUUUAUACCAGUUUAUUAUACAGUAGAACAAUGUACCUGUUUAUUUAAAAAAAAAAAAAAAAGGUGUAUUAGGUAUAUUGAUCUAGUAAUUAAUAAACUGGGAACUCAGUGUAUAUUGAAUUUUUCAACCAUUUUCUCCUCGGUGAAUAAUUUUUUGGGGAAUUUUAUGUGCAGAUUGUGAAAAAGGACAGACUGCGGUUUAUUUUGAAGCUAUGCUUGAGGAGUUUUAUUAUUGGCACCUGUACAUGGUGGGUAGCUGAAUACUUGAUGAAAACAAACAGCGAAAGGAAAUCAACGUGAUGUAUGAAUGUCGCAGUUCUAUUGUAAACAUCAUGACACGGAAACCUAAUGGUGGAAGUCCCAGAACUUAGCAAUGAACAUUAUCUGAUUUUGUGUUGGUAAAGAGCUUUUGUCAUUAAAUCUGCAUUAGUGUAAUGGCAGCAGAGGUUCGCCCCAGCGUCAGUGUUCAUUUAGCCUGAUCCGUAUAUCAGUAGCACGAGUCUCCCAUCAUAUCAGCAAUAUACGUCUUGACAACAUUUAUGGCGAUGAGCAGCAAUCUGUGGGGAAAAAACAGUUGGGCUAUAUGCAAUUUCCUGUUUGUAGACAUUAGUGGGGAAACAAAUGAAACUUUUUACUGUAUGUAAAUGAUUGAUUUUUUUAUAUAAAUCUUGUAAUACAAAAUUUUUCAACAGGGGUAUAGUAUACUUGGACAUUAAAUUUAGAGGCAAGCAGUGAUUUGUGAGAUCCAUUUCCUUUAUUUUUGACUUUGCACGGGGACACCUUUGUUUCCAUGUUCUGAUGGUUUUACAUAAACUAAAGCAGUACUUGGGAAAUGGAAAAAGAAGGGUUUUGUAGAAUAAAUAUAUAUAAAUAUAAUUUAUGAAAGCGGGACUAACAGGGUCAUUGUCCCCACUUAUGUGCCAGUAGACUAUUUGCACUUGUCCUAAAGAUAUAUAAUUACUAAAUACUGGAGGUGUGCAAUCUCCAGGUGUCUCUUCGGCACACAAUUGGAACGCGUUAUGUCAAGGAUGUUCAAUUGUAUCAGAAGGAGACUGCAGGGAAUCUGAAUAAAAAUGAGGACAAUAUCUUUACCAGUAAUAGUAUGACUUUUUUGGUAUUUCUUUUUUUUUUUUUUUUUUUUUUUGUAUCAUCUAUAAUCAUUACAAAUCCCCAGCUGCACUUUAUGUCUAUCACUGUACAAAAUCAUUUAACAAGAAAAAUGUAAAAGAAAAGAAAAACAAUACUAAUAAUAAUAAUACAAGGAGGAAAAUCCCAGUAUAAAAGGGCAGGAAGAUGGAGUCAGAAGUAGAAUUUGCAGGAUGUUGUAAUCCUACUGUAUGUCUAGUUUCUCUCACAUUUUGUUAAGUAGCAGCCAUGUUAAUACUUUGCCUUCUGGGGGGAAUGCGAAGGUGCUUGUCUUUCACCUGAUCUCCACUGUUGUACAGCUCUGUCCUCUUUCAGGACGCCAUCCUCCAUAACCGCAUACGCCUUUCAUCACAGCAUUGUGUCUGCAGCUUUUUGCCAAUAUAGUAAUGCUUUCAAUAGAAUAAUAGCUAGUAUCAGUUUUUUGAAUAAAUUAUUGUUAUCAGUACAAUGGAAAAAGGAUUUAAAGCACAACCACGCUGCUCAUCUACUGUUGCUACAUUGAUAUCGAAUAAUUAAAAAAAAAUAUAUCUGUGACUAUUUACCUUGGGAAAAACAAAAAAAGGUGUCACAUAUUAGAAUGCUGAACUUUCAUAUGAAUUAUUGUGAAUUCAUCAGAGUUUAUUUAUUUUAACUUCCUUUGAUUUCAAGGUUGAUUUGAGUACUCAUCGAUGAAGACAGGAUUUUGUAUAAACUAUUGUGCUCUCUGUGGAACUGAAGUUUGAUUUAUUUUUGUACAACACAGCAUGAAUUUGUUGACGUCUUAAUUUUGCUAUAAAUGUGUAAGAUCACAAGUUGCUGUGAUAUUUUUUUUGUUUGUUUGUUUCUUUUAUUUCAUUUUUAAAUUGUGGAAUUUGUACAACUUUUGUCAUGCUGGAUGUUGACACAUCUUACUCUGAAUAAAGAAAAAUUGUGUUGCCACAGUAUUGUAUAACCAAUAUCAUUCAAACAUCUGAGAUAAUACAACAGGAAAUGGGUUGUAUACACAUGCUAAACAUUUUAACCACACUUGUAGAAACCUUUUCUUUUUACAACACAGCUCUAGUGAAUUCUGGCUGUGUGUAAACUGAUUGAAAAAAAAAAAAACCUCAAAUCAGUCAUUUUAGGUGGCUAUUGCAUUUAUUAUAGAGUUUGGUUUUCAUCCACCAGAGGGCAGCAGAACCUUACAUAUUAUCCCUGCUUCAUCAGGUAAAAGAUUCUGAUUGCUGUGAAGGUGUCAAAGUCUUAUUUCUGAAUACAAAAUACAAAAGCAAAUAAACUGAGAAUCACACAAGCCAGCACAAAUUCCUUUUUCUCUCAUCUUUUCACUGAUAAAUGCAAUGAGUUAUGCAAUUAGCCUGCUGCCAUUCCAUAGUCACCCACAUGAUCUGGUUACUCCCUCAUCACACUGUGGUAUAAAAAGCAGAAAGCAUUAAUCAUGAAUCAUUAAAUAAACUCACAUUACUCCAAAAAUCUUCAAGGAAUGCAUCUUGAUGGUAAUGCCAGUACACCAUUCACACAUUCUUUCACACUUUAGCGUAGCCAAUCCGCCUAUCAGUGUGUGUUUGGGAGGUGGGAGGAAACCGGAGAACCCGGAGGAAACCCACAUGGACAUGGAGAGCAUGUGAAACUUCACACCAGCAGUAACCUGAACUCAGGAUCAAACCAGGGAUCCUAGAGCUACGAGGCCACAACACUACCCACUAAAUAGGCCUUU